UUCAUUUUUACGUGUAUACCUCUCCCCGCUCAUCAUGGAAAAUGGACCAGUUUCUUGUUUACCAACAACCCCGAAAAUGUCGAAAGCGAAGAAAGUGAUUGAAGAAGCACUGGAAAAUCAAAAUCCWGAGUUGGAUUUAGCGGAUAAGGGGGUAGUUUCCUUCGAAGAGAUGCCAGGACUCAUUGAUAUGCAUAAUAUUACUCGUAUUACAUUAAGUCACAAUAAAAUACAAAAAGUACCUCCUGGGAUUGCAAAUUUAACUCAGCUAGAGAUGUUAAAUUUAUUUAACAAUCAUAUUGAAGAAUUGCCAGUUUCUCUUUCGUCUAUGCCAAAAUUGCGUAUAUUGAAUGUUGGAAUGAAUCGUUUGGACUCGUUACCGCGAGGUUUUGGAGCAUUUGCAGUUCUUGAAGUAUUAGAUUUAACAUACAAUAAUCUAAGUGAAUCCAGUUUGCCAGGAAAUUUUUUUAUGUUGGAAACUUUACGUGCAUUAUACUUGGGUGAUAAUGAUUUUGAGACUAUACCACCGGAAAUUGGACAACUAAAAAAUCUUCAAAUUCUAGUUCUACGAGAAAAUGAUUUAAUUGAUAUACCAAAAGAGAUUGGUUAUUUACCCAGAUUACGUGAGUUACACAUACAAGCUAAUCGACUUACAGUUUUACCACCAGAAGUGGGUAAUUUAGAUUUAUUUGGAAAUAAAUCUGUAUUAAGAAUGGAGUUUAAUCCUUGGGUUGCUCCAAUUGCUGACCAACUUCAAGUUGGUGUAUCUCAUGUAAUUGAUUAUAUUAGAUCGGAAACCUACAGAUAUCUUUACAAUCGGCAUAUUGCUGCUAGGGGUCCACCUCCACCAAAACUCAAUGAUAAGACACGUAAGAUUUCAAGGAAUCGUCAAUAUAGCUAACUUUUUGGUUAAAUUUAAAUGAUCAAAAUUAACUUUAGACUUAAGAGGCAUAUAAUAUCCGAACUCAUAAGACAAUCACCCCUUCUAAAAUAACUAUGGGAAUAUUUAAACUACCAACUACCUAAAUAAUGCAAUUCAUUUAAAAUCGUUUUUAUCCACCUAUACUGAAAUGUAAUUUUUAUUCAUUUUUUGUUAUUUAUGUUAUCCAA